AUGUCAUCGUUUAGGGGAUACGAGGAACCGUCGGACUUCUCUUUAGAGAGAAGCGGAUGUUUACUCCAACCCUUUGCGUCGUCGUCAGAACAUUUUGACGGCAACAGAGGCCCCGAUGAUGAUUUUGAUGGAGUCGUGACGAGCGUCUGCGUCAAUCAUAAGUGGGUGGUUUUAUCCAAUUUGACUUCCCUAAGACGCUUAGGGGUGGUGCGCGAUAAUGACGAGGACGAGAGCAACAGCACCCUGGAGAUGAAGACGAAGAAGAUUCCGUGCCCUGGCGUAGAUAUUUACGAUAAAUCGAGCGGUGGGACGCACGUUCGCGCGUAUUUCGAGACAAGCAAAGGGAGUUUGGGGGGGGAUUUUUUCUCCUGCGUGGACAUCUCUGGAGAUGUGAUUUUUGCCGUCGCGUGCGGAAGCAGCGCGGAGAGAGACGGAGUGCAAGUCAUAGCGUUUGAGGCGGUGUACGGAGAGGAAGACGGGAAGAUGGUUUCACACUUUGCAGAAAUUUGGCGGAUCGAGACGCUCGCUCGGGGUCGUCGUCAGAUGAGCGCGUCGAUCGCGUGUUUACAUUUACGCGGCCGCCGAUCGAGAACGCUCGUGGUCACGACGUGCGGAGCGCGGAAUUUCGCGGAGAGUUGGCUAGUAGACGCAGAAUCUGGGGAUAUUGUUUACGAGGGAAAGCGUUUGGAAAAUCAGCCGUGUGAACCGAAAGUUUGGCCAGUCGUUGCGCAGGUUUCGAUAGAGAUGGAGGAAGGGUGGUGCGCCGUCUUUGCGAGAACGAGAGAUAGGAAACGCAUCGAGUUGUUCCAAGUUGUCGAGGACGAAUACACGGCGAGUUUGCACGCUAAAUCUCUCCCUCAGGUGACGAGAGGAUUAGAUCAGUAUAUAGGCGGAUUAUGCGCGUUACCAGCGACGAGGAAAGAUUCCGAACACGCGCAUCCGAAACUCUGCGUGGCGUUUUCCGAGGACAGCGCGCACUUAAACGCGUUACAUUUGAAACGAGGGAUGGCGCGGCACGUGAUGAAACGAGACAGCGUUGUUCGCAUAGUGAUGUACGACGUCAAAAUUGCAACGAGCAGAAAAACAGGAUUGAAAAAAUUCGUUCAAGCGGAGGAGACGCAUCGCGUAUAUUUGGAAGACUCAAUCGUCACGAGUCCAAUCGAUCUGGAUUCGAUGACCUCGUCGCCGGUGAGCUCAUCUUACAUCUUCUUCGCACACGUCAACGGCGACGUGAGCAUCGUCCUUCCAAGAACGGGCGUCGUAUUGAAAACAUUGAGUGCAGCUCACGACCCCAAGUCUCUCGCGUCGACUGGUUCGGUCAAUUUUGUCGUCGCCGAUCGCGCGUAUCUGAGCGCCUCCAAGUGCGCCGAAGACGCUACAAUCUGCCUGUUUUCCAGUGCGGGGCGGUUGACGUCCUGUUGGUCGAUUGCUUCGCCAUUAGUAUGGACUCCACAAACGCAUCAUUUGUUCCCAAAGCCGUUUCGCGACGCCUCGAAAACCUUCUUGUUGUGCUGCGCUAGACUCGGUCGUGAUUCGACGGAUACUACGCUCGCGCUUCUUUCCGCCUCCUCCUCCAAGCGUCAACACGCUAUGAACGAAAAUCGGUUACGAAGAAGAAAAGAUAUCGACGCCUCGUUAGUAUUAACGGAAAAGGAGUUUAAAGAUCUCGUCUUCGCGUUAUCGUGUCACGAACCAGCGCUCAUAGAACGAAUCGUAGGCGCGUUAGCCGUCGUGACUUUCAACGUCAAACACACGCCUCGAAUUGGCACGGAGUUACACGCGCAACCGGUCCUGUUGGAAGAUUUCUUCCACGCGCAAAAGAAAAACACGGUUGGAGGACACAAAGGAGACGACGAGGACGAUCACCUAACAGGAGGAUUUAGCAGAGGAGAAUUGGACCAAAGAGGCAAUGACUUUUACAGAUAUCAGUUGCGCGCGAAUUUUGUGGACAUUGCGAGAGAGGAUUAUCAGGAGAGUUUGAAUCGCUCGCGAGGAGAGGAAGGGGGAGAGGCGAGUAGGUUUGCAUUGAAUGUGCAGUUGUUUACUUUGGAGAGACGGAUUGGUGUUGUGAGUGCCGGGACGACGGGGGCGACUUCGACGCAAAAUCAGCAGUCAAAGUUGCAACAAGCGCAGCAGAGACAAAGACAGUUACAACAGCAACAGCAACAACAAGAUGGAUACAGGUCGGGAGCGAUUUCACCAGCGAGUGGGAGCAGCGGGUGGGAAUCCAAUACGAGCUCAACGAUGCUUUCGGAGAGAAGCGGGCAACAUCAUCGGAAACAUCAUCCGUCGCCGUUUGAAGGGAGCGGGUAUCACUCUGGCGCGAAUAAAUCGGUGGUAGAUAUCGCGAUGAACUUUACAAACUUUUUGGGAUGGACAAAUUAUCGCACCGAUAAUCGCAUCACGGAUGGAUCUGCGUCGUCGAGAGGAGGAGCAGAAGGGUCGACUGCGAACGAGAAGUAUCCUACGGAACCUUCCACGGUGAAGGAGGUGCACAGAAAACCGCGAGAGUUAUGCGCAGUUGCUGCGGCGUAUGAAGACGUACACACGAACCCAAAAUUUGCAACCUCGAGAUUUAUAUUAGUGAGCGCGUGCGUGUCUAAAUCAACAGAGACGACGACACGAACGACUCCACAGUUUCAACACGAAAUGGUGUCUUCAACGUCAUCUUCUACAAAAGGCAUAGCGCAAAAAUUCAAGAACAAGAAGAAAGUGGUCGUCGUGACGAGCGAUUCGACAUCUUUCCCGGCGAGACAAAGUCAAGAUCAUCGAGAUUAUCAACAGCAACAGAACGUUCGCGUGCUCGCUCCAAAGAUUGAAAUUUCGCACAAGGAAAUUGUGGAGACUUUUUUACUGGUUCGAUCAAUUGGCGGAUACCGGGAGAUGGUGCUCAAACCGACGACGGCAGCUUUACCGUGGUAUCCCGGCGAAGAGAAUGAAGUAACGUGCAUCGCAUUAGCACCGUUUGGCGGUCGCGCGCUCGUUGGCACGGUAUCGGGUAAAUGCUACAUCGUCGAUUUGGGUACGACUUUGAAUCCAAAAUUCAUGCCCGCCGUGGAUGAAGAGAGACGCAAAGAAAAUGAUUCCGACGAAGAUUCCGAAACGAAUAGAAGAAAUAGUGAUAAUUUAGCGAAAACGCCCGAAACGUUUAAAAUGAAAGAAGCCAUUCGCGUGCUCGCGGAAGAUUCGAAAAAGAGUGCUGGUGUGGAUAGUAGAAACGAGAAUCAACGACAACCGGCAAAAGCGCGUUCGGUUGUUUGGUGGCGGAGAGCUAAGGACAACAAAGAAAUAGCAAUUUGCGGCGACUCUACCGGAGUGGUACGCUUGUGGGACGUUGAAAGUGGCGAAUUACUCAUGACGAUCCCUACGAAGUGUAACCCGUUGAAAAAACUCCAGCUCGUAGAGGCUAUCGACGAUAGACGCGUGCACGAGAUUCUCAAACAGCAAUCGCAAAAGUAUUACAAUAGCGAAGAAUCCUUGACGAGUGAUUUCUCAUCGGCGACGACGACUGGUGACAAAGCAAAUAGCAAAAUGGCGAGCUCGAGCAGCACUUUCUUGUUACUCUCCAAACGCGUCGCGAGAGAACGAGAUGAACACGGUAAUAUCAUCCGCACUAUGGAUCGGGUGAACUCCAUGCGACAAAAAUUCCGCGAAUCGCGAAUGUCCAUUAACGAGAACUACGAGGAAAAUUAUGACAACGAGUAUAGAGAAAAUGUCGAUGAAGACGACGAUAUGGACGACGAGUUCAACACUUACAAAGACGUAGACACGUACUUUCAAACGUUGGAUUUAGAAACCUACUCGGCGCGAAUCGAUGAAAUUUCCUGCGUACCGGAACAAAACAUUUUGUUUUCUGGACCGGAGAAAGUCGGCAGUCGAUUCGGACACGACGGUUACGAAACGCACGAGAGUGGGGCGAAUUCUCCGGAUUUUCAAGGUGGCGUGUUGGUGUCGCGUCCGGAGAACUUUACCGGUCACUCGACGCUCGAACACGGCGGCAAAUCGUUCGUCGUUUCCUCCUUCGCCGACGGUCGAGUAGACAUUUAUGAUGCGAAAGUUUCUGAUUCAAAAGUUAUUGCGUCUAUUCGAACGCCAAAUUAUAGUUCGCCUCGAUUCGCGUACAUUGUCGACGCUUUUGCAUUCUUCGUCAUGUCCUCUCGGUCGAUCGCAGUCAUCAGUCGGGCGACGAAUACCUUGGUGCAGAAAAUCGUCUUGCCGGUGGAGUACGGCGCCAUCAAAGGAUUAGUCAGAGGCAUCCCGGUGCGUUCGUCCAAGUACGAAUUGGCGAUUGAUCUAGCAGCAGAUAUACGCGCAGAUGGUGAUGAUGAUGACAAUGAUGAUGAUGACGUUGACGAGGACGGAGAAGAUAUCGGACGUAAUUCAAUCAUUCUUGAAGGCGUCGUGUGCUGGACGACGAGUCGCGUGUUUGAAAUCACUCCAACCGCAUCGGUUUUCGACUUGUACGAGAAACUCGCAUUGAGCGGUCGAAUCUCGAGAGCGAGGGAGUUAGCGGAUGCUUUAGCUUUAGAUGCGUCCGAGAUGGCGUUACACGCGUGCGAACGUGCUUUAAAUGCGAGACGGGGCGAUACUGCAGCAGCCAUGUAUUACUUUGCCGUUCGGUCGGAUUCGGACUCACCGCAGAAACGGUACAAAAUGCUCGCAAGGUUUUGCGACGCGUGCUUACGUUCCUGGCACGUACGUGCUACGGAGCAUUUACUCGAAACAAUGGAUGCUUGGGAUUUUGGAGCGAACGGAUUCGAUUCCGAGCCGUCUUCGCCGGCGGCGACGUUUUCCAGAUGGGGCUCUCGCGCUGGAUCUCGCGCCGGAUCACUCGGGGGGUCGCCCUCACACAGCGGGAGUAAGCAACAAACACUGCGCAGCAGUAACAACAAUUUUGCCGCAGAAAAGUCGUUUCGUGCGGACGCCAGAGAAUGUUUGAAACGCUCGCGCGAUAGAGAUAUCGAAGUGGCCGUUCAGACAGCGCGAAUUGCGCGCGCGAAUAUUAUCGCUUGGUCGUCCAAGGAAGGUGUCGCGUGUUUGAAGGCGUGCGAUGAACUCCUCGACGCCGAAGUUUCUGCUUCAGCAUCGACAACCGUGGUGAUCAUAAGAGAUGAUGGGACCGAGGAAGAGAUUACUCGAGAACAAUUCGAGGGCAUCGAAAACGAUGCGCAGUUUGAACCGAAGCUCGCCGAUUCUGAGUUCAUCAAAGAGUUUGUCGAUAAUUUGGCGCGAACGUGUUGUUCAGAUUCUCCGAGUAGCGAACAGUUUGACAAUGAGCGCGAUACGAGCGAAAACGAAAAUAUUCCAAAGUGGCAACGCAUGGAAAAUGCAAUCAAAGCGUUCGAGGAGGGUAAUCAUAACGCAUUCAAACAGGAAGGAGACUUGAGCGUUGGCGAUGCAUUUAGGACGCCGACGGAUUCGCCAAUGAAGAAAAAUGAUACGUUCUCUAACAACGAAAGUAAAGGUGGUAGUAGUGGUCAAAACCACCACCUAUUCGAAGCGAAACGCGCCAAUGGACGCACGAGAGAUCGCACGAACGCGCCAAAAACGCAAUCUGUCUCCGUGCACAUGCGCACAGUUGGUUCGCUCGUGCGCGCUUUGAACGUAGGAUCGAGCGAGGAGGAUAUCUUGUUUGGGAAGAGGGAUAGUAAAGAUGUGGAAAAGACGACUAAGAGCGAGAGCAACAUCGAAGGUAGGCGUAGCGCCACGAAGCAAGACGAUGAGAACAACAAAGACGUUGGAGAAGAUUUUGAGAAUCAACUCAAACAAAACAACAUCCCGCGAAGUCUUUCAAUUGCAUUGCCGACGUUGUUUUGGGCGCUCGGCGAGGAAGGUCGCACAAACGCAUUGAGUUAUAACCACACUCGCAACGUUGGACCCGGUGGAAACACUAGCUUCAAUACGAACAUCUCGCCCUCCGUCUCGCCUCGGUCGAGCGAUCAAAACAGCGAAAACAGCAAAACAGCAUUCAACACGAACAAGCUCUUUGACAUCGCGUACCACAACCAAAAAGCAUCCGCGACGUUUCAAAAACGCAUCGUCAACCCUGAACUUCGCGUCAACUGUCUCCUCGCGCACGUCGCGAUGGAACCAGCCAACUCGGAACGGAAAGUUCACUACCAGCGCGAACUGGAAGCGGAAAUCAAACGCGCCGUUAUUCACUCGCGCAAUCUCAAAGCGGACGAUGAUAUCACUUCGGAAGGCCGCGUUUUGUUACAAAUAGUCGGUUCCGCCAUUGCGUGGUCUAACGACGCCGCGUUGUCAACCGUCGCCGCGCAACUCGGACACUUUGAAUCCGCGAACGCGUUUCGCGUCGACAUCGCCGAUCGUUUGCUUUCACGAAUAGACGAAGCGAAAAACGAUGAACGCAUCAUUCGCGAAGAUAACGAAACCGGUGAAAACGACGAGACGUUGCGCCUGCUCGCGAGGGAAGUUGUGUUAUCAAAACAUGCCAUCGAACGAGAGUUAAAAUUCGCGUUUGAACAUCUGGCGCCAAAGUGUAAGGACGCAAAGAAACGUGCUUUGUGCACGAAAGAAAUCGCAAAAAGGUGGAAGAGCAAACACAUGAAAGAUUUCCUAACCUGGGACGAAUUUGAGCGCAUGGCGUUGAGAACGAUGCCACCUGAAGAAGCUUCUCGGGAGGAGGAGGAAGAGGAGAAGAUGAAGAGGUGCGAUUGA